GAAAGUAAAGUUUGCAUUGCUGGAGCUCAAAGAGUGAAAAUGGAUUCACUAUCUGCAGAUGAUUUUUCUUGUCCCUUGUGUCAUGAAAUAUUCAAGGAUCCUGUUAUUUUAUCAUGUAGUCACAGUUUCUGUAAAGAAUGUCUUCAACAGUUCUGGAGAACCAAGAAAACUCAGGAGUGUCCUGUCUGCAGGAGAAGAUCCUCAAGAGAUGAUCCUCCAAAUAACCUUGCAUUAAAAAACCUUUGUGAGUCGUUACGGAGGCAGAGAAAUGAGAGCUGUUCAUCAGGAUCUGAGGAGAUCUGCACUUUACACAGUGAGAAACUCAAACUCUUCUGUCUGGAGGACAAACAGCCGGUGUGUUUAGUGUGCAGGGAUUCACAGAAACACGUCAAUCACACAUUCAGACCCAUCAGUGAAGUUGUUUCAUCAUGUAAGGAGGAGCUCAAUACAGCACUGAAGUCCUUGCAGUGGAAACUUAAAUGCAGAGAAAAAAUCAAAGGAGAGAUUGCGGAAACAGUUCAACACAACAAGUCUCAAGCUGAGCACACAGAGCGUCAGAUUAAACAACAGUUUGAGAAGCUUCAUCAGUUUCUCAGAGAUGAAGAAGAAGCUACAAUCACUGCACUGAGGGAGGAAGAGGAGCAGAAGAAGCAGAUGAUGAAGGAGAAGCUGGAGGAGAUCAACAGACACAUCUCAGCUCUUUCACACACAAUCAAAGACACGGAGGAGAUGAUGAAAGACAAUGAUGUCUGCUUUCUAAAGAAGUUUCCAGUCUCAAUGGAAAGAGACCAGAUCUCAUCACAGCCGGAUCCACAGAUGCCUUCUGGAGCUUUGAUUCAUGUGCCACGUUACUUGGGCAACCUGCCGUUCAGAGUCUGGAAGAAGAUGCAGGACAUUGUCAAACACACUCCUGUGAUUAUGGAUCCAAACACGGCUCAUCCAUCUCUCGGCCUUUCUGAUGAUCUGACCAGUGUGAGAUGCAACUUGAUCAGUGAACUGCUUCCUGAUAAUCCAGAGAGAUUCGACAUCUAUCCCUGUGUUCUGGGUUCAGAGGGUUUUAACUCAGGAACACACAGCUGGGAUGUGGAGGUUGAUGAACGUUCAUCCUGGAGUGUUGGGUUAACUACAGCAUCAAAACAAAGAAAGGGACGUGUUUUCUUUAACACUGAUGUCUGGAGUGUGCAGUGUGGACCAUUUGAACUGCCUGGCUUUCGUGUUAAACAGGAUCUUGAGUGUGUGAGAGUGAAUCUGGACUAUGACAGAGGAACGGUGUCAUUCUCUGAUCCUGUAACUAACACACAUCUACACACAUUCACAACCACCUUCACUGACACCGUCUUUCCUUUCUUUUAUAGUCAUUUUCCACUGAGUGUCUUACCGUUCAAUAGUUAGUAAAUGUUACUCCUGCAGAAAGGGCCAUUUGCAGGGUUUUAUAAAUACAGAGGUUCAAGAAUUGCGGAUAUAUUUGAAAUUUCUUUUCGACAUGUGCAUUUUAAGUUGUUUCAAGGACAAAAAUAGCAAGCAUUAAAACUAUUUCAAUGGGCAGUAACGUAAACCGUUUGUCAAGCAGAAAACAGAUUCUCAGGUUUUUUUUUUUUUUUUUAUGAGGAAUUUGUAUGAGCAUCAAUGAUCAACUAGUUUCAGCAACUUGUUUCUGUCCUUAAUGUUUUAAAACUAACCAAUUCAAUGAAUAAUUAAAUUGCUCACCCAUAGACUUGCGCACGUCCUGAUUUUGCUGAGUUCGACGUGUUCCUGGGUCAACAUAUUUUGUUGACCCUGGAACAACAUUUUAAUCCAAAAAUUUAGCCUUGACCAUAUAUCUACACCUAAACCUAACCUUACCCGUGAGUAAUACCUAAAAUCAGAUUUAAUGAUAGAUGAAUGAUACUGAUGUACAAGCACCAAACACUGAUUGUCUAGGAACACGUCGAACUCAGCAAAAUCAGGUUGUGCUAGACUUUGUCACCACCUCCUGGCUUAAAGGGUCAGGAACUAAGAAAUCAAAAUUCCCCUGAUCUUUUGACAGAUAAGAGGUCAUUUAUUAUUAGUCAAAAAACAGCUUAUACUGAAGCCAGUCUGUUAAAACGGUAGGCUGUGGAAUGUGCCACUCUAUGAUGUAAUAGUGUCGCAAAACACCGCCUCCCCAGAAGAUGAUCAACGCCUGCUUCUACAUACAUCACAUACAUUGUUUGAUUAAGGAGACAUUCAAAACUUGCAGUGUUGGGGUGCCUCCAGGACCAGGGUUGGGAACUGCUGAUUUAGACUGUCAGUCUGUCUUACAAACAGUGAAAUCUCCCAGUGCUUUCCCCAUUUCCCAAUCUCCCAGUUUUCAUUUUUUCCCAACAUCUGAGCUGCUGAGGAUGCUGUGGAUUACUAGGUAAUGCGCCUCAAAAUCUACCUAAAUAUGUGUAUCACUCCAGAUUCCUUUGAAUGUCAUGUUUUAUAGUGCUUAACGUUUUAACCCAUUUGUGUGCGUACAUUAAGUAUUUUUAACUGAUCAGCGGCGUGCUUGUGAGAUUAGUUCGUGCCGUUCGUAGCGCGAGAUUCGUUUGCGUGGCUCGGUCCAUUGAUCCGCAGUGAUGACAGGUCAGCACAGCGUGAGCUCUGUACCAUCGCGCUGUUUCAUCCCACUUUCAGUGCAUUUGACUUCCCAUAUGUACAGCUAAACACCGCUUCUCUCGCUCUCAGUUAUGUUGCGUCUACCAGCUGUUUAUUGCUGUAGCUAUGCAAUGCAGAGAGAUGUAUGCCUUCUUCUGGAGGGGCGGGGAUAUGCAGCUCGUUUGCAUUAAAGCUAUACACUCCAAAUCAGCUCUUUUUUUAGACACACCACAAAAAUGACAUUUUCCAGCUGUUAUAAUAAAUGAUCUGUAGGAUCAGAACGAAUCAGACAAAUUAAGAUUCGAUCAGAUUGGCGCUGAACAGCCCAAAGAGCCAAAUUCCACAGAGAGGCCCCUACAGUUCAUAAAUCUGCUCACGAUACCCUAGAGCCAGCCAGUCUGAAGCAAGCCUAACCAACAAGCCUCUUCCAGUGAACAAUUUGCAACAUUCAAACAAAAGAACACUUAUUGAUAAUCCAAACACUUAUUAAUAAUCCAAACUCAGGAAGGAGAUUGUCAAAAUUUGGGUCAAGUAAUCAAGAUUGAUGGUCAAAGAGAUGCACAGCAUGGCCAUCAUGUGUGCCAUGAUAACAAUCAUGAGAUUCCUUAGAUUGACUUCCCGCAAUCAACCAGAGAAGAACCAGACUGAAAUUCCUUCCAAACCCUUUUGACCUUUUUGUUCUACACAGAACUACACAGAGACUGUCUUUUCCAUAUGCACCCAAAAUCAUCUUAAAAGGACUUAUGAGCAACUAAUCAUUUGUAUGCAUAACUCCAUAUUAUGUAUGUAACCCACACAUUGGACUAUCAUGUUUAAUCACUUAUUGUGCAUGUCUUUUUAAUAACUAUUGAAUAGCUUAAAGGUUCAUAUUCCUCUUUGGUAUGUAUGAGUUUGAAAUUUCACGCUUUCAACUUUUCUAUCAAUCAAUACUUUGUCAAAUGUAUCAUAUUCUGGUUAUAGAAAUCCUGUCCAAAAUUAUACUCUCCAAGAGUGGGAAAGUUCAGACAAUGUGACCAGAUAAUUUAUUUAUGGAUGGGGAGGAGAAACAGAGCAACACCCCGAGCUAAGGUAAUAUCUAAUUGGUCUACACACCAGUUGGGAUGUGUCCAAAAGCUGAGUUUAAAAACUCAGUACACCGUCAAACUCUCUCUCUUCUGUUAGCCAUGCUUUUUGCCACUGCUGUUUGCCCGUGAACUCUUCGAGCGCCGUUCCAGCAUGCUCUGGCCUACAUGCCAGCUGUUACCAUGAUGAGAAGAAAAACCACCUAGUCUCGUUACAUCAUUUUAUUCUUUUACUUUAGUUUUUUUUCUUUCCGUUGAGUUUUGUGUUCAAAAGUUAAGUUUGCCGCAAAGUCCAGCUCCUACUGCACCCGCUUCAAACUUCAACUAGCAACGGACUCCGGAACCAUUCGUCAGCCAACACCCAACCAUUGGCUUCCAAGAUUUCACUACGAAUGACCCUGAACUGUCAGCCAAUCAAAGACGAUGACAAAAGGGAAUCCCUUAACACAAAGGCAACGCAAGCAAGUAAUACAACUCCAGAAUUUUGCUGAGCUGGUGCAUUUAAUAUAAAUUUUAGCCUCAUUGAGAAACUAAGGGUUAAUUAAGUGAUUGAUGGUUGUUCAAGUCUAUGCAAUUGCACAUAUUGCUAUAAACUUGGAAUUUCACAUUUUCAUUCUCUAAACUCAUCCUUUCCUCACUUUCUCUCUUUCUGCAACUUGUGUGAAUGCAUGUGUUCAUGUGUUA